AUGUCUGCCGUUGAAGCUGCCAAUGAGCCUCAUAAGGCGUUUGAUACCAUUCUCGUCCUUGAUUUUGGAUCACAAUACUCUCAUUUGAUCACACGACGUCUCCGUGAGCUCAAUAUCUACUCGGAGCUGCUGCCAUGCACCCAGAAGAUUGCCGAGUUGUCCUGGAAGCCCACCGGAGUGAUUCUCUCGGGCAGUCCCUACUCCGUAUAUGACCAGGAUGCUCCCCACGUCGACCAGGCGGUCUUUGACCUGGGUGUCCCGAUCCUCGGUAUCUGCUAUGGCCUACAGGAACUCGCGUGGCAUCAUGGUAAAAAUGUUGCCGCCAGUGACAACAAGGAGUACGGGCACGCCUACCUGAACAUCCAGAGGCAUGGAGAAAAGGACCAGGCCAAUAUCGACCGCUUGUUCCAGGGUCUGGACGACAAGCUUGAAGUCUGGAUGUCACACGGAGACAAGCUGUCUCAGCUUCCCGAGGGAUUUGAAAUCAUCGCCACGACAUCUAACGCGCCCUAUGCUGGUAUUGCGCACCAGACGAAGCCGUACUUUGGCAUUCAGUUCCAUGCAGAGGUUACCCAUACUCCCUGCGGAAAGCAGGUAUUGGAUAACUUUGCUGUCAAAAUCUGCGGUGCUAAGCAGGAAUGGACGAUGGAGAAAUUCGUCGACAAGGAGCUGGCGAGGAUACGUGCUAUGGUCGGUGAACACGGCCAGGUCAUCGGUGCUGUGAGCGGUGGAGUCGACUCUACCGUUGCUGCAAAGCUGAUGAAAGAGGCUAUCGGCGACCGUUUCCAUGCUGUCCUUGUUGACAAUGGUGUCAUGAGACUCAACGAGGCUGAAAUAGUCCGGGAAACCCUGACGAAAAACCUCGGAAUCAACUUGACCGUCAUCGAUGCCAGUGAGAAAUUCCUCGGCCGUCUAAAGGGUGUCGUUGACCCAGAGCAGAAGAGAAAAAUCAUUGGCAAUACCUUUAUCGAAAUUUUCCAGGACACUGCAAAGACCCUUGUUGAAGAAUCAGCUGGCUACAAGGAAGGUGAUAAGAUCGAAUGGCUCCUCCAGGGAACCCUUUACCCGGAUGUUAUCGAGAGUAUCUCUUUCAAGGGUCCCAGUGCCACCAUCAAAACCCAUCACAAUGUCGGAGGAUUGCUCAAGGGAAUGCACCUGAAGCUCAUCGAGCCUCUCCGCGAACUGUUCAAGGACGAGGUUCGCAGUCUAGGGACAAACCUUGGAAUUCCCGAAGACUUAGUAUGGCGACACCCCUUCCCUGGACCCGGAAUUGCCAUCCGUAUUCUUGGAGAGGUUACUCCCGACCAGAUCCGUAUUGCCCGCCACGCCGAUUCGAUCUUCAUCGACGAAAUAAAGGCUGCUGGCCUAUACCGCAAUAUCAGCCAGGCCUUCGCUGCCCUCCUACCAGUGAAAGCCGUCGGAGUUAUGGGAGACAAGCGUACACACGAGCAAGUAAUUGCCCUUCGUGCCGUUGAGACCACCGACUUCAUGACUGCAGACUGGUAUCCAUUUGACGGGAACUUCCUGAAGAAAGUGAGCCGCAGAAUCGUGAAUGAGGUCAAUGGUGUCUGCCGUGUACUUUAUGAUGUUACAAGCAAACCCCCAGGCACUAUUGAGAUGGAGUAG